CUGUGUUCACAAUCGACUACAAUUCAGUAUAAUAUUGUACGAGCUAACAGAAGCACAGAAGCAGCUAACAGCGAAGAACCAUCAUCAACAUGAACAUGAAGACUUGCUUUGCAUUUUUAAUUUGCAUAAUGAGUAUUGCCGUAAUGAACGCCACAACCGAUGCUCCAGUACCUCAGCAAAAUAAAUUGGAUUUGGCAAUUUACUACAGUGCACGCUCUACAGAUAGCAUAAAAUUCAUUUUAACAAAACUUAAGCCACUCUACUGCAAAAUACAAAAAUAUGUGAUUUUAAACUUGGUGCCUUUUGGUAAAGGUUAUAGCACAAAUAUUGGAUUCUUUUGCCAGAAUGGCCGUAUUGAAUGUCGCGCUAAUACAAUACAUAAUUGUGUGUUUGACAAAUUGUCUAGAAAUUCUACAGCUCAUAUGGAAUACUUGAGUUGUGCAUUGAAACACGUGGAUAAUACAAUACAUAUCGAAGAAAUGUGUGCUGGUCGUAUUGGACUCAGCAUAGAUGAAAUUCAAUCAUGUGCUACUAGCCGAGAGGGCUAUUUGCUAAUGCUGGAGGCUGAAAUACAAACUAAAGAUCAAACACAUGGACCUCGCUUUGUGCCUUCUUUUGUAUUUGAUGAAUUUUACAACGAACGGGAUCAAAGACUCGCAACUACUGACUUUGAAGCAAUACUUUGUGAAAAAUUAAUCAAUGACCAUGGGUUAACAAAUGUUUGCAAUAACAUUAAUAAUGUUUUAAGAGUUAAUGAAGUUUGUUAAAAAAAAAUUCCAAGAGCUAUGCAGGUACAAAUAAACAAAUAAAUAUUAAUUAACAAUAAUACUUUUUAUCUUAGUCUUAUAACUUAUUUUUUUUAUCAACUAAUAACUAUAGAUUAAGAUUAAUUUUGAGGCGACACAUUAAAAGUGUAUUUUUUCAUUUUCCAUAAGAUAUGAUAAAACACAUCAAUAUGUAAAAAAUUAAGAUAACCAUUGUAUUAAAAUAAUAAUCUGUAGUUUUAGUAUUCUAAAAUAGUAAUUAAAAUAUUUAUACAAUAUGAACAUCCAUAUCACAAAAGUA